AUGCCAGUCUGUUUCUUGUACAAAAUAUUGAUUUCUCUAUUGAUUUUCGAUCAAUAUGGAGCACAGGUACCACUUGCUGAAUAUCAGUGUGGUACUGAUAUUACAACCCGAUUCCUAUCAAAUCUGAUGACGUCAUCGUGUGAUCAGAUCGGAAUCAAUGUGUGCUGUAUCCAUCACGACGAAUGCUAUUCAUCCUGUGCACUGUCGCAACUGUCCUGCGAUGCAACGUUCUGCAACUGCAUCGCCGCUCUCGACGCAAGCAUCUACUGCAGAAAUGUGGUCUACGCAUGGCAUUGCAACGCUGUUCAGUGGUUAGGGGAUCGCUUCAUCUGUCCACCUAUGGGUCAACCACUCUUUGGUGGCUAA